UCACCCGGCGGCGCAACGCGGAAGUGCGAUGGCGGCGGCAGCCGAGGCAGCAGCGGGAGGCGGCCCGGGGUCCCAGCCCGCUGCCCAGCGGAGGCUGCGCAUCCUCUCUGGCCACCUGCAGCGCUCGCCGGCGAGCCGGGCGCCCGAGCCUGAGCGGCUCCUCUCCCCGAGCCAGUGCGGGGCGGGGGGCGCAGCUGAGCGGCCGGUCGCGUCCACCAUCCCUAAGAAACGGCAAGAAAUUCUGAAAUGGAAUGGAUGGGGAUAUAAUGACUCCAAAUUUAUAUUUAAUAAGAAGGGACAAGCAGAAUUCACAGGAAAAAGGUAUAGGUUGAGUGGUAUGGUGUUACCUGUUUUGAAGGAAUGGAUGGAAAAAACCUUAGGAGCAAGUCUGGAGCACAAAAUUACCUCUAGAGCUUUCUUAAAUACUAGUGAUGUACCCCCAUCUAUUGUAAAUGAAGAAUUUCUUCAGGAUCUUAGAGCCACUAAAAUUUCAUAUUCACAGGAAGCAGAAGAUAGGGUGUUCAGAGCUCAUGGUCACUGCCUACAUGAGAUAUUUGUGCUAAGGGAAGGAAUGUUUAAACGAAUUCCCGAUAUAGUUAUAUGGCCAGGUUGCCAUGAUGACGUAGUUAAAAUUGUGGAACUAGCCUGCAAACAUAAUCUUUGCAUAAUACCAUUUGGUGGAGGAACAAGUGUUUCUAGUGCUCUUGAAUGUCCUGCAGAUGAGAGAAGAACUAUUGUUUCAUUGGAUACAUCACAAAUGAAUCGAAUUCUCUGGAUAGAUGAGAAAAACUUAACUGCUCAUAUAGAGGCUGGCAUUAUUGGACAAGAUUUGGAAAGACAGCUUGGUGAGAGUGGUUAUUGUACAGGCCAUGAACCAGAUUCUAUGGAAUUCAGCUCCCUUGGAGGAUGGGUGGCCACACGCGCAUCAGGCAUGAAAAAGAACAUCUACGGAAACAUUGAAGAUCUGGUGGUUCAUAUAAAAAUGGUAACCCCAAGAGGAGUAAUAGAAAAAAGCUGUCAAGUACCUCGCAUGUCAACAGGACCUGACAUCCAUCAUUUCAUUAUGGGAUCUGAAGGAACCCUUGGAGUGGUUACAGAAGUUACAAUAAAAAUUCGACCAAUCCCUGAAUACAAGAAGUAUGGCUCUGUAGUAUUUCCUAACUUUGAACGAGGAGUGGCCUGUUUAAGAGAAAUAGCAAAGCAGAGGUGUGCUCCUGCAUCAAUUCGCCUUGUGGACAAUGCACAAUUUCAGUUUGGGCAUGCUCUUAAACCACAGGUUGCUUCAAUUUUUACAUCAUUUUUGGAUGGGCUGAAAAAAUUCUACAUCACAAAGUUUAAAGGAUUUGAUCCGAACGAACUGUGUGUAGCUACAUUACUCUUUGAGGGUGACAGAGAGAAGGUUCUUCAGCAUGAAAAGCAAGUUUAUGAUAUCGCUGCCAAAUUUGGUGGUCUGGCAGCUGGAGAAGAUAAUGGACAGCGAGGUUACAUGCUGACAUUUGUCAUCGCUUACCUUCGGGUUGCGAGUUGUCUUAUUUGUUUGGACCUGGGCCUGGAUUACUAUGUAAUAGGAGAAUCAUUUGAGACUUCUGUUCCCUGGGAUAGGGUUAUAGACCUCUGCAGGAAUGUAAAGGAAAGAAUAGUGAGAGAAUGCAAAGAAAAAGGUGUCCAGUUUGCUCCGUUUUCCACUUGCAGGGUGACACAGACUUACGAUGCAGGUGCAUGUGUCUAUUUCUAUUUUGCCUUUAACUACAGGGGAAUUAGUGACCCUAUUCAUGUCUAUGAACAAAUUGAGAGAGCUGCUAGAGAGGAAAUCCUCGCCAAUGGAGGAAGUCUGUCACAUCACCAUGGAGUGGGCAAGUUGCGGAAGCAGUGGAUGAAGGAGAGUAUCUCUGAUGUUGGCUUGGGGAUGCUUAAGUCUGUCAAAGAAUAUGUGGACCCCAAUAACAUCUUUGGAAACAGAAACCUUUUAUAAAACCCGUACUGUCUGAACAUUUCAAAAUUACAAUUACCGUUAUCCCAGUAAUCAAAUAUAACAUGGACUGAAUUUUAAAAGCUAAUCUUUUUUAUUGGUUUUCCUCCAAUAAAAUGUAAACAUUCACUAUUAACAUUCAAAGAUUUACUGACUGUACCCCUAAACCUCUCUUAACACACAACCUGGCAGAGGCACAUCAAGGUAUAUACCUGCUUG